GAGGGCAGGGCAGGGCACUCGCCCGCCAUUUUGUUUCGCAGGCAGACGAUGCAGGGCGCCUCUCCCUCCUCCUCCUCCUCCGUCCUGGCUUCCCUUGUGGCGCUCCUGGUGUUGCUGAGCCAGGCCCUUGCCGCCGCCGCCGCCGCCGCGAGCCCCUCUGACGCAUGCGGAACAAGGCCUGCUGUGAAUGAAGUGACACCAGACGCUCGGAUUGUCGGUGGACGUGAUGCCCGGGUCGGGGCAUGGCCGUGGCAAGUUAGCCUUCAGCUUUACCGUGUUGCAUUAGGUGGAUUUCGCCAUGAAUGUGGUGGCUGUUUAAUUAAUAGCAACUCAGUGCUGACAGCAGCACACUGCAUUAAAAAAUGGGUGAAUCCAGAGUAUUGGAGAGCUGCUAUUGGCUUGCAUCAUCUUUAUAAAGAGCAGGCUCAUGCUAUAAAACAACGAGUGAGCAAUAUCAUAAUCCAUCCUGAUUUCAGAAAGGGCAGCUAUGAAAGUGAUAUUGCCUUGUUUAAACUACUGAAGUCUGUCAAGUAUAAUGAAUAUAUUCGGCCUGUCUGCUUACCUGAAGUUUCCCAUCUAGUGCCUGAUAAGAACCUAUGUUACAUAAGUGGAUGGGGGAAGAAAGAAAAAAAAGGUAAAUUUGAACUUACAUUACGGGAAGCUCAAGUAGACAUUAUUCCACUGUAUACUUGUAAUAAGCAUGACUGGUUUAAAGGGAUAAUAUCAAGAAACAUGAUUUGUGCUGGCUCUGAAAGUGGACAUGUAGAUAGCUGUGAGGGAGAUGACGGUGGACCGCUGAUGUGUAUUUUCCCAAAUGUCACCCAAUAUUAUCUUUUAGGAGUCACUAGCUCUUCUUCCUGUGGCAUUCCAAAACAUCCUGGAAUCUAUGUCCGUGUAGUCAACUACAAAAGUUGGAUAGAUUCAUUUAUACAAGAUAAAACAAGUACCAUCAACAUACAGUGUAGCCUCAUCCUUUUGGCUGUGGAAUGGAUUACCAUUCACCUACUUCCAUAAAGAGACAGACACCUUUUCUUGAACUAGAAUGUUGAAAAAUUGCUUUUUAAACAAUGCGGUUUCUAUUCAAUUUAUUUUAUAAAGUUAUUUAUUUAAGCUA